AUGGCCCACGCCAACCAUAAUGCCUCAGAGGGCGAACCCCACCAAUUUGAACGCCAGCUCUCUGAAAACUCCAUGGAAUAUAUGAUUUUCAUUCUAGACGACAACUGUGAAGGUGUAAAAUACCUCAAUCGUCUAAAUAGUAUCGGUAAGGAAGCUACCCGAUUGAUGGACAGCGUUGCCACAAACUAUGUUUGGCAACGAGAUGAAUUUCGACUCCAAGUUGUCAACGAUCAAGGUGAGACAAGAUCCAGAGACAGCCGCUUAGAGCAACAAUCUGAUAAAAGUAUGUUAGGCUUGAUAUACCUGCACGGCACCACAGAUUAUGGAGAUGCUGUGGAAGAUGAGUGGCUGAUUGUCUACGUACUACGCGAGCUCUCCAAAACCCACCCCGAACUAUUCAUCCGCGUCGCUGAUGAGGAUGGCGAAUUUCUGUUGGUUGAAGCAGCCAAUGCACUGCCAAACUGGCUCAACCCCGAAAUAGACCACUGCAGAGUUUGGAUACAAGGCGGGAAACUGAACAUCAUCCCCCUACGAAGCGACAAGACGCAGCCAGGCGCAGCCAAGUCGCUCACGCUAGCAGGCGCCGUAAAUUGCUUGCGCACCGAGCCAAAUGCCUUGAUUCACUCGCCUUCCAUUGAAGAUGAGGCAUUCUAUCGACUUGACAAGUAUCCCGCCCACGUGGACGAUUCGAUACAUUACUCUACAGUGACAAUUCCGCGAAAACUGGCCUACAUUAUACAUGAGCUGCCGAAAACAAUAUCAGCUGCCGUUGAAGCUUUCUAUCUCCGAGACCACGCUGGGAUGAAGAAAACAGCCUCCGAGGUAGAGGAGCUACAUCUACCUCCAACCGACCUGGUCACUGUUGGUGUCAGGUUUAGCAGAGUUUUAUUUGCCCAACUGCGCUCACAACGCUUCGAAGCGCCCCGACACUGGCAGAAUAUCAUGCAAAGCCACGUGGGAGAGGAAAAGGAGAAAGGAGGACCGAACAACAUUCUGGCUCUCGACGACGGCAUAAAACUCACCUGCGGGUAUGAAAUGUUGGCCCUGACAGCAGCGAAGAACAAGAGCCGUGCUGUUCGCGAACUUUCCAUCAUGCUACAAGACUCAAAAUACGACGACGAAGAACUUCCAACAGAUGAAGAUAUUGAAACGUGGCUGGACGUUAGACGGAAUGAUAAUGAAGGGUGGCUUGACAUCAACUAUGAAGAUUUCGAGCGCGAGUUGGAGGGAAAGGGAGCAAAAUCGAACAACACAGGCAAGAAAUAUCCCGGAUUCGGAGACGCUAGAACACAAGACCACCUGAGAAAAAUUGUGUCUCGGUUUGACGCGUUUAUGAACAAUGAGACAGCUGGCCUGGAUGGCGCUGAAAUCAACGAGAUGGACAUGGACAAUGACGACGACGACGAUGACGACCUGGACCCAGACGAGGAGUCUGGCGAAAAUAGCGACAUGGAGGAUAAGGAAGUGAGUUUCGAUGAAGAAACCUUCUCUCGAAUGAUGAAGGAAAUGAUAGGACUACCAGUAGACAAUCCCACCAUGGCUUCCACGGGCCAGUAUAGCAGAACAACGGCCCGCAGCAUAAGAACGCAAUCUACUAGUGCCGAGGACGAGGAUAUCAAGAACCUUGCCCUGCAAAUGGAAGCCGAGCUCAAGCGUCACGGCGCGCUGCACCUAGAUAGCCCCAAGUCUCAACAGAGCAAAGUCGACAGCAGCGGCGGCGGCGAAUCUCGGGACAAGGUCAGCGGAAAAGGAAAGCAGCCCGCGACGGAAGCAGAGGACCGAGAGAGUGAAGACGAAGACUCUGAAUUGGAGGUUAAUAUCGACUAUAAUUUGGCCAAGAACCUUUUGGAGAGCUUCAAGAGCCAAGGUGGCAUGGCUGGCCCAACCGGAAACCUCCUAGGACUCAUGGGAAUCCAGCUGCCAAGAGACGAAGAUGACGGUGAAAAAAGAGAAUGA